GCCAAGUCCUAUUUGAGGGGACUCAACACAGUGAAUCACCGCAGACUUGUGCCAAUAUGAAAGGACACAGCUGAGGACAUUUUUUGGGACAUGGUACACACUCUGAAUGCAGCAUGCUGUAGCUGUCUUCAGUGACAACAGUCCUGCUGCAGGUUGACUACGUGCUGUGUGGCUGGAGGCUACAUGGCUUCAGGUGGAGCAGAGGAGGAUGAUGGAGGGAUUCCAUUGGACAUUGACAACGUGCACAUGCUCCUCCAAGUGGAGCAUGAGCAGAUUCAGAAAAGGACCUUCACCAACUGGAUAAAUGCUCAACUCGCUAAGAGAUGUCCUCCCUCGUGUAUGGCAGACCUCUUCUCUGACAUCAGAGAUGGGUCACAGCUGCUUGACCUGCUGGAGGUGAUGAGUGGUCAACCUAUGAAAAGACAAAGGGGCCGAGGGGUUUUCCAGCACAGGGCAAACAUUGAGACAGCACUGAACUUUCUCAAGAAGAAAUCUAUCAAACUGGUGAACAUAAACAUCCCAGAUAUCAUAGAUGGACGGCCCUCCAUCAUCCUCGGACUUGUGUGGACCAUCAUCCUCCACUGUCAUAUCGAGGAGCUGGCCAGCACUCUCGCCUACAACUCUUGUCAUUCCUCCCUCGACUCUCUGGCCAGCCUGGACUCCUUUCCUGGCAGCCCCAUCCCAGCGAGUCCAGUCCCUGCAGGCCGGACGUCACCUCUCCACAGACGCUUCCAAGUAUCCGCCAAGAAGGCCCUGCUCAUGUGGGUCAGGGACCAAUGCAAAAAGGUCGGUUGCUCCAUGAGUGUGAAGAACUUCAAGUCGAGCUGGAGAAGUGGAGAGGCCUUCUUGGCCAUCCUGUGUUCUCUCAGACCACAGCUGGCUGAUCUCUCACUGGUUCAGUCCAGAAGCAACCAGGAGAACCUGGAAGAGGCGUUUCACCUGGCCGAGAGGGAACUCCACAUCCCCCGCCUGCUCGAGCCCCAGGAUGUUGAUGUUGAAGACCCUGAUGAGAAGUCCAUCAUGACUUACGUGGCCCAGUUUCUACAGUACUCCAAUGACAUGCCGGCACCUGAUGACCACCUGCAGCUGUUUCCUCUGGUCCAGCCCUUUUCUCUCUCACCUGUGAACUUGCCUGCUCACUUCACUCCAGCAAUCGCUGUUUCCCCAUUACGCCAGGUUUCUCCAAGUGAGCGAGCACUAGAGGUGACUUGCUGGCUGCAGCAAGCCUUCGAGGAACUAUCAGAAGCAUGGACAGCGACAGAAAAAUCCAACUUUGCAGAAAAAUAUCAUGUGUUUCAGAACGUUGCUGGUUCCUUCACUGAGCAAAGGAAACCAGUGAUGACCCUCCUUGCAGCCAUAAGACGCUGCCCUGAGCUGAGCCAAGAGCAGUGUGCUCUCAGAACAGCAUGGGAUCGUCUGGAAGAGAAGCUGCAGAGAUGUAAAGCAGACCUGGACUCCAGCCUUCCUCCUCCUCUGAACUCAGUUGUCACGUGGCUGCAGCGUGCAGAGGCAGCGCUGACAGAAGAGGGAGGAAGAGUGGGAGAUCAUGCAGAUGCUGCUAAAGAAGCAAGAGCUCAACAAGACGUGCAAAAGUCAUUAAUGAGAGAGAUGAGCCACCACGUCAAAAUCCUUGAUACCUUUCUCAACAUGGAUGACUCAGGGAAUGAAGUAGUGCCCCCUGAAAAGUUUGAUGAGAUAAAAAGACGUUUAACCAAUAUCCGAGUCACUGCCAAGUAUCAAGGGAUCAAGUUGGAAUACCGGGAAUGCCGUCACACUGUGCUGGAUCUCCUGGGCCGCAUCAGUGCUAAGCUUCAGACCUGGAAAGCUCCCUACAGUUCCCAGGAGACAGUACUUCUGCUUCUGCAGGACUGGCAUGAAACAGUGGAUCGCCAAAGCUUGCUGUUAAUCCUGAUGGAUGCUCUCCAAAACCUCAAGGAGAAGGCGAAUGCUUACAACAGCAAGGCAGCGCUAGGUAACGACUCCCAGCUUGUUACUCGUCAGGUGAAGGAAGCAGAAAGUGAAGCUGAAUUGGCCACACAGGUUGUGACGGCAGUGAGAGGGACGAUGGAGAGAGUGCUGUCUGCGUGGGAGACUUACGACAAGUGCCUCACUGCUCUACAGACAUGGCUGGCACAGGAGAUACAGUCGAGCACCCAGUCUCCUGCUGCGGGGACGAAGGACAUGAGCGAGUUUACAUCAUGUCAAGCUAAGUUAAACGAGGCGGGGAACUUCCUCAUUGAAAUGACGGAGCCUUCAACCAGCCUGGCUCUCGCUGAGCACCUCAGCAGGGUCAACAUGCAGUGGGCUGAGUGCAUGAAGAGGACAGUGUUUGGGGUGUCAUCGGAGCCCAGUGUCAGCCCCAUGUGUCUUCAGAUGGUGCAUUCACUGACCCAGGAGGCCAGCUGGCUACUGAGGCAGCCGCUGGAGGUGGCCUCAGUCUCACUGAAGGCUAACAGACAGAAACUACAGCUCCUGAGCAAAAGGAUGGCAGAGGUGGAUCUUUCAUCUCUCAGUCCAUCCCCAGACUCUCAAACAGCCCACAUGGAGAACCUCCAGCAAACUCUCCCACAGAUGGUUGUUGAAGCCGAGAGGACCUGUGGAGAGCUGCAGCAGGCUGCAUCCAGGCUAGAGGGCUGUCUAGCUGAGCUGGACCACUGGAGCACAGACGCCCUGGACUGUUACCAGCACCUAAAGGAGGAAAAGCACAGAGGACGCUCUUUGCUGGAACCUACAGCCAAAGCGCUGAUAUCUCGAGGCAUGCAGCUGGAGAACCAGGUUGUAACUGAGAGACAGGAUCUGCUGGACCUUGUGGCACGAGUACGGAAAACCUCUCCUCUGCAGCACCUCUGUACGUCCGGCAUACAGGACAGGAUCUCAGAGACAGUCUCCCACUGCCAGGAGAUUCUUGGAAUGUUCAGCAACCUCGGAUUUCGGCAGCACGUUGAAACAGCUCAUCAGACACAGAGACAGCUCGAGGCAGGGUUACUUGUUGUGGUCAGAACCAAACAUGUAGACCAGGUUGGGAAUGUGAUGCUGCAAGCCCAGGACUCAAAUCAGGCUUCACAUCGGAUGCUUCAACAAGACGCAAGAGCUCCCCAGGGUUGGCCUAAAAACAAGCAUGUGAACACACAGGGUGAAGCAACCAUUGUUAAAAUUGUUAAACCACGUGUCGGAAUCCAAACGCUGCCUCUGCCAAUCAGGGAAUCUCGUAUUCAAUCUCCUCUUGCUCAAACUGUAAAAGCAGCUGAAUCUGAGCCCAUGAUGCAGCCUCCGCCUUUUUCCAAAUCUAACGCUCAAGCUCCACGUCCGAGUCAAAAUGAUCAACUUCAAACACCCCCAUCACAAACUCGGAUAUCGAUCUCCAGAAUAAAAGGGCAGCCAAACACUCAGAGUGAUAAAACACCUCCACAGCCGCCGGUUAUGGUCCGCAGUGAGGUUCAUUCAAAAGCCCAGUCCAUGGCAAGGAGCAGACUGGAGAAGGCCAGGUUUCGUCUGCAAGGACGCAUCCAGCAAGCCAUCAAGUUAUUUGGUGGCAAAGAGAUUUCGGCAUCACAAGCUAAGAGGAAACAGAGGGCUUUAAAGAUUCUGCAGCCUGCCAUUCUCGAGGAGUUCCUUGGAGCUGUGGAGGGUUUUGGGGCCUUUUGCACCGGGCCCCAACUCCAGGACUUGAUGCUUCUGUCUGACUCAGUCAGAAAGCAGUGGGAGGAUGUACUCAGAGAAAUGGCUGCCUUUGUUCCCAUCUUAUGGUCUAACAUCAGAGAGGGAAAGCAGCCAUUUUCUGUUGUGCAACGUGAAACCCAAACUAACGCUCUGCACAAUGCCACUGACCAGACUGACCAUGAUUUUUUGCUGCAGCAACAGGUCAUUGAAGACGGAGCUGCGUCUGUUGACGUCGAGUCACUCCAAGAACUGUGUGAAACACUAACACCGAGACAGUCCUCCUGCCUGGCAACGGACCAACUGAGGGAGUCAGAUGAAGCGCAGGAAACACAGCCCAGUGACACAGUGCUCCCACCUGACUGCAGGGGACAGCAGCUCCGGGGAAACACCCCGCUGAGAGCGACUGGCGUGUCGGCCGACACACAGCGCAGCAACAGUCUCCCACAGAAACAAAGCGUGGACAGCCAACAACAAGACUUGUCACCUGUGUGUGUUGCUGAGUCAGUGCUGCCUCGUGCUGAUACCCUCCAACUGCGAGAUCAGGAUGUCCCAACACAGAGUGAGGAUGUCCCGACGCAAUGUAGAGGCCAGGGGUCAGAGAGCAAACUAAAGCCAUCACUUCGAUCCAAAGAGCGGCCGCUGAAAGCUCGUCUGCUGAACAUCACAGAGGACAACCAGCAAACCCAAGCUCAUGUACAGGCGGUUGUCAGGGGCGACACUGUGGAGACCAAGCAGGAGGCAGAGUGGACCGUCAUCUCAGAGACAGCCGCCCUACAGCAGGAAGAGCACUCCUCCAGGCAGGAAGCACAGGAAAGGUACAGAAAGUCCCGCUCAGCAUUUCAGUCUCAACUCCAGAGGAACAAGCAACAUUUGGAGGAGUUUAUCUUGGACCCUGUCACCACCUCCACCCUGCAGAAUCAAAGGAAGCAACUACAGACUUUAAAGCAGGUGACGCAGACACUAGCGUUUGAGUUUGAGCUCCAGUAUGCCCAGAUAUCCCGGUGCUCCCGUCUGAUGAGCAGGGAAGAUGUUGGUGAAGUGGAGAGAGACUGGGAGCGGCUGAGUCAGCAGUGGAGAGGCCAACUAAUGUGCCUACAGAGCAGGAUGACAUGUUUAGAGAAUACUGCUGAGCUGAUGGAGUCUGCAGACGAUCAGAUGGCGCUGAUCAAAGGAAAACUGGACCGAAUCAUCAGAGAGUCUGUGGACAUCUCCUCCCUCACCCUGGCUGACUCCAGACUGAAAUCUGAUUUAAAGGAGAUGGAUGUCAGACUGCGGUCUGAGGCGAGAAAGCUAUCAGAGCGAGGAGCUGAAGUGAAAAGACAAGAGCUGGAAGCCAAGUUCCCUUCAUCGCUCUGCCAGGCUCUCCGCAACACUGUCCAUCAUCUGGAGCAGCUCAGACAGCAGCUGGAGAAGGUUCAGUCUGCUGCACAGGCUCUGGAUCACUUCUUGGCCACAGUGCGGGAAGUCAAGGCCGAGAUCCCAACCCUGCUGGCAAAGCAGGACACCAGCAGACAGCGAAAUCUGACAGACUGGGAGCAGGAGAGACACUGUUGGCAGGCAGCGAUGCAGCAGAGGUUGCAGACCGCUGCGCAACAAUCUGACUGCGUUGACAGCACUUUAAAGGCAGUGGGGAUGACUCUGACCAUGGAUGGUGCAGCAGUGACGUGCCAGGAUGUGGUGACGUCAUUGUCCCAGCAAGCUGUGGAUGUGGAGAAAGAGAUGGUGAGAGCCAAGAGGAGGGAGAGGAAAAGCGAUGAUUCACCACAUGAGGGGGAAGAACAGGAGCAGGACCAUCCCACUCUGAGUAGAAUGGAAGAGGAGUCCGGGUUGGAGGCCAAGAGGAGUAGGCUGGAAGAACAUGAUGAGACAAAUACGCAAGGGGAGGGAGACCACAAAGCUCAAACAUGGGCGUCUGAAGGGGACGUCUUAAAGGCCAAGGACCAGAGAAGAAGAAUAAGCAGCCAGGUUAAGAAAGAGGGAGAAGAGAAGGAGAGUUUGCUCCAGAGGAGAGUUGCCUUGUUGGGCACUCUGAGGGAGAUAAGGAGAGCAGCUGAGCAGCUGAGGUUACAGGAGCCCACCCUGCCUGCUCUGCAACACAGGACUCGAGCAUUGACAGAGCUGGAAAGUCGUCUUGCUGCCCACCUCGCUGAGCUGCAGCACAUGCAAGAUGCAGCUUUACAAUCAGAAAUCCCUGAUGGGAGUCAAACCAGAGAGGGGGAGGAUGUCUGGAAAGAGGCCAAAAAAGCUGUAUCUGAACGGCUGGAGCAGUGUUGCACCCUAACAGAGCUGCUGAAGAAGUUUCAGAGCAUUCGUGGUGAGCUGAGUGGGACGCUGCAGAGGGCAGAGAGCACCAUCAGUGAACAGGCAUCCUACCUGGGAAAAGACAACCUGCAGAGACUGCACACUAAGGUGCAGGACACAAAAGCAGAGCUGAACGGCCUCGGGGACGGCAUAGAGGAGAUCCGCAAUGUCUGCAGGCAGCUUCACACUCAUCUACGUAAGAUCCCAGAGUGCACCAUGAUCCCAUUUGAGGACGAAGCGGAAGCUCUCAUGGACCGCUGGCUGGAUGUGUCAGAAAGAACAGAUUCCCGCCUUGAAAACCUGCACGUUGGCCUGACUCUGUGGGAUGGGGUCCUUGAGCUGGGAGCAGAUGUAGAGAGCUGGACCACCAAUAAAGUAGCAGUAUUUGCUCAGUCUCCAUCCUUUGAGACAGAGGACAACAUCAGGACCAUGCAGAAUGAAAUUGCAGCCCAAGAGGAGAAAAUGGAGCGUUUCCACAGAAGAGCAGCUGAGGUUCAGGCACUGCUUCAAAGCACAGAGCCCCCUCUGGAGCUGCAGGUUGUGGAGACCCAGAUGAGGAAGAAGAUAGAGCAGCUGAAGGAGCUUGUUUCUGAAGCUGAGGAUGUUUACAGGCAGAUGGUGGCUGCAAAGGAACAAAUCACUGCCAGGAUGAGUGAAUGCUUCAACUCCCUCCAGAGGAUUCAAGACUCCCUUCUCACUCUCAGUGGUCUGGAUGUUGCAACAGUGCUUGCAAAGCUUAAGAAUCUAUUGUUUGAGCUCCAGACGCAGGAUGAGCAGGCAGAGAGUCUGCUGGAGGAUCUUCAGGUUAUGGCCUCCAUAGCGAGUUCAGUCAGCCUGCAGAGUCUGUCUGCAGAUGCCAUUCAGCUGCAGGAUAAAGUCAGAAACACCCACCAGCUCUUCUCUGAGGUGGACGAAGAGACUGAGAGGAACAUCCAGGCUCACAAUAGGCUGCAAAGGGAGGGUGAACAUUUGAAACAAUGGCUGCAAAGCAUUGAGGAAAGAGUAGCGAAGGAGGAGGACGUUAGUCUCCUGCAAGAGGAAGCACUUCAACAAAGGGCGAGGACAGAGGCCCUCCAUCAGCUUGUGUCUUCCUUACGGAGGAGCACACUUCGGCAGUGUGCUGUGGUGGAAGAGAGCAGCAAACUGCUGCAACGAUACCACAACUUUCAAACCAGCAGACUGCAUGGCUGUACAGAGAAGCAGAGCUCUCUGAGCAGGGAAUCCCCUCAAUCCUGGGUUGGAGAUCUGAGACGAGCCGAUGACUCUCUCAGUAUGCAGAGUGGUGUGGAGCAGAAACUUCACCAUGCUCAAGCUGCGGUGAGUGCGACGACAGAGAAGGAGGCUCGUCUCGAAGAGCUCAGGGUUACUGGAGACUGUCUUAGCCACAAAAUGUGUGAUGAGGACAACAUAAAACUGGACAUUCAGGACACCACUGAGGAAGCAGAGGAGCAGGGGAAGGACCUCCUCCAGUCAGGUCAGCCUUGUCACAGUGCUCUACAACCUGAUCCAGACCUCACCUCCUCCUACCUGGACGGAAAACAGCAGGCCUGCCGCAAAGUGGAGGAGCUGCAGCGCAGAACUGCUCAGCUCCCCACUUUAUUCCCGUGGCCUGGCACUUCUGAGCGCAGACAAACCUGCCUUGUAGCCCAUCAGCUGCAGGAUGAGGCUGAAUCCCUGCAAUUAACUCUUACCAGCCUGGCUGAGCAGAGGACAGAGCUGGCUGAACAAACCGACAGCACCGGCGAUCCCUCCUCGGCUGAGGUGGACACCUGCUUGUCAUCACUGAUGGAGGAGGUGAAGGGUGUGUGUUCCCGCCUCGAGGAAGGUGUGUGUAAUGAGGAGCAUUUUGGCCAGUCACUGCAGGACUGCCGCCAUAAAUUGACAUCCCUUCAGGAAAGGAUGUCAGCCUGUCAAGCCCAGGAAGAAAGCUCAGCUGGACUGAUCACUGAUGUACUCGCUCUGGAGGCUUUGCUACAAGAAGUAACCGACAUAGAAAAAGAUCUUUUACAAAUAGUAACACUCAAGGACUACAUCACAGCUAGUCUAUUAGCAGAGGCCCAGGCCAGCCUCUCCCAGCAAGUCAGCAACCUCCAAAGCCACAAGAGGGCACUAGACAGCAGCAUCAGAGAACAUCUGGCCCUGCUCACAGAAAACAGGAACCUGAGAGUCCAGCAAGUGAAGGAAGAGAUCUCCUGUGUGCAAACAACUCUGAAAGAUCUGGCUGAAAAUCUGAGUGGGAACUGUGAAGUUUCGCCUGAUACCAACCAGCUUAAACAGCAGUGGUACACAUUACAGGACUGUGAUACCAGGCUGACAGAGCUGGCUGCAAGAGUUAAUGACCUGAAGAAGACUGGAGAGUUGGGCAUCUCUCAAGAGCCGCUGCAUGCUGAAGUCACUUUGACUGUUGAGGCUGUUGCUAAAGACCUUAACAGCAUCACGUCCGCUCUUCUACAAAAGAAGCAGGAGUGUGCUGAAAACACUGCUAACAGGGUGAGACAGCUAAUCAGCCAGCUACAGAAGUGGAGUCAAACAGUACGAGCUGAACCAUCAUCACACAGCCAGGCUGCUUUGAAUGAGGGUUUGAGACUUCAGCAAGAUCUUCGUGAACUGCUGUCAGAACGAGAUAUUCUUCUAUACCGUCUGGGGAAAAAAGUGACAAAGAAACUGCAGAAAAGGGCCUCAGCUGCUCUCAAUGAAAGCACACUUGCACUUGAAACCUUAUCCAAAUUCCUGGUUGCACAGGGCAGUCAAGGUCAUUGUGAAGUGGAGUUGGACAAAGAUUUGCCAGGCAGAGUUGUUGAAGAAACUUGUAGCAGCGAAAGUGAUGCACCGUACUUGGCUUCUGCUGAUGAAACUACAGCCAUGUGUCCUCCUGCUUCUCCGUCAGCAAUAAACAACAAAGAAAACUCUUCAAGUGAUCAGAAUGACAACAAACUUGAAACUAAAGGCCCACUGGAAACAGACAAAGAAGAUGUCCCUAAGCAGUUCUCAUCUGCAGCGGAUGUUUUCAAAUCACAACUUUUAACAUCAACUCCACCAACAUUCAACUUAAAGAAAUCUGAACCAUUGCAGGAAGACACUACCUCAACCCAGGACUCUAAGUCAACUAUAUACAAAGACAACACCAAAGAAAUCACUUCAGCACACUGUGUCACACCCCUGGUUGGAUCCCCAGGGACAAAGCCAGACAGCACCCCUCUUUCUAACCCUGAAAGUGUGUCUGAGCAUUUAGCAGCACAAUCAGAGACGUUUAAGGCAGUCACAGAUGCUCAUGAAGAACACUGUGAGGACAUCGGUGUGACCCCAAAGAAGGUGUAUACAAUAAUGUUAGACAUAGAGCCACAGGACACGCAGAAAAUUGAAAGUGUUGGUCCAGAUGCACCCAGAUGUUCUCAGGGAGCAGAGCUUUGUGAUACAACACUCACAGAAGUUUCAACUAUUCCUGAGAAAAAUUCUGGACUCUUAAACAGUCCUGAAUCAGACUUUCAAGGCUUUCUUCUAGCCGCAGAUACAGAUAUAUCGAAGCCACUUGCCGAUGCCCCAGAAACUGAGAAGUACCGUGAGGAUAUCAGUGAGAGCUCAGAUAAAGUGUAUACAAUAGUGUUGGACAUUGAACCACAGGACACGCAGAAAAAUGAAAGUGUUGGUCCAGAUGCACUCAGAUGUUCUCAGGAAGCAGAGCUUUGUGAUACAACGCUCACAAAAGUUUCAACUAUUCCUGAGAAAAAUUCUGGACUCUUAACCAGUCCUGAAUCAGACUUGGAGAGCCUUCAUCUAGCCGCACAAACAGAUACACUGAAGGCACUCACUGAUGCCCCAGAAAAGGAGAAAUACUGCGAGGAUGUCAGUGAGAGUUCAGAUAAAGUGUAUUCAACAGUGUUGGACAUAGAGCCACAGGACAUGCAGAAAAACGAAAGUGUCGGUCCAGAUGCACUCAGAUGUUCUCAGGCAGCAGAGCUCUGUGAUACAACGCUCACAGAAGAUUCAACUAUUCCUGAGGAAAAAUCUGGACUCUUGAACAGUCCUGAAUUAGAUUUUACAAGCCUUCAUCUAGCAGCACAAACAGAUACAUCGACAGCACUCACUGAUGCCCCAGAAAAGGAGAAAUACUGUGAGGAUAUCAGUGAGAGCUCAGAUAAAGUGUAUACAAUAGUGUUGGACAUAGAGUUGCCUGAUUUCAAGCCACAGGACAGUGUUGGAGCCAGCAGACCAGAUGUUCUCAGCUGUUCACAGGGGGCAGAGCUUUGUGAUACAACGCUCACAGAAGUUUCAACUAUUCCUGAGAAAAAUUCUGGACUCUUAAACAGUCCUGAAUCAGACUUUCAAAGCCUUCAUCUAGUCGCAGAUACAGAUAUAUCAAAGCCACUUGCCGAUGCCCCAGAAACUGAGAAGUACCGUGAGGAUAUCAGUGAGAGCUCAGAUAAAGUGUAUACAACAGUGUUGGACAUAGAGCUGCCUGAUUUCAAGCCACAGGACAGUGUUGGAGCCAGCAGACCAGAUGUUCUCAGCUGUUCACAGGGGGCAGAGCUUUGUGAUGCAAAGCUCACAGAAGUUUCAAGUAUUCCUGAGACGGAAUCUGGACUUCUUACAACAUUGGCGAGUCCCGAAUCAGAUAAAACAGGCACGGAAAAUCAUUCUUUAAAGAGCUAUGCAUUAAAUGAGUCUCAAGUGACACACUCGCUGCCAGAAAACCCCUCAGCAUUAGUAAGUACAGAGCUGGACGGGGUAAAAUCCACAAGUGCCGAAUUAUCAUGCAAGGAAAAGUCAGAAACCCCUAAAUUGAUGCACAGUGAGGUGUUGAAUUCCUCCAGCUCAUGUGGCACUGUUGCUGAAUGUCAGCUCACCGGUGCACACACAGCAGAAACAACAUCUCCGGAUGUCAAACAAGAGGAGACGACAGAUUUCUGUCACGCUGCAAAGCAAACAAUGAGCUCAGUCUUUUGCACUGCGGAGGGAGAUGCCAUAACCGCAACACAAAUACCUGCUGGUGACAAUAAACAAAUGAAUGUUGCUGACACUGCACAGAGCAAAGGUACAGGACAGCUGGAGGUGGCAGAUGGAGAAAAAACAGAAGAAGCAAGUGACCCUGAACACCUGGAGUCCAAACUUUUAAAAGGGCCAAAAAGACGAGAAAAAGCUACGCCGCUGUUUGAAGAAAGUGAAUGGAAGGUAGCUGCAUCGCUGGAGGACACUGAGGUGACACAGAAACAGCGUCAGAGACAAGAAAGCAUGGAGCCUGAGAGGACAGCGCCGGGUUUGGAAGCUGAUCUGCAGGCUUGGGAGGCGACAGGUGGAUCAACAGAGUCCUACAAACAAGAGUCCACCAUGCAGGAUGUUUUGUCUGAGAUCCAGAGCUUGGUGGAAAGAAGUAACAUAAUAAAUCGGACACCACACAUUGAUUUAAACUGGUACCUGAAGUCUUCUCCUGGUGAACCAGAGAUUCGCUUGGUACGAACUGUCCAAAAAGUUCUGGCAUGUCGCUACCAACCAGCACGACUCGAUGUCACUGCAAUGGCCAAACAACUGCAGGAGGCAGAGGACUACAGGCGCUGUGUGCAGGAGCAAGUGGCUACUAUCAAAAGCAUGAGCAGUGCAAGGAUUUGUGACCCAGUGGCCUUGAGAAGAGUUGAAGGACAGUGUUGUGCUGCACUGCUGGAUGCCUCUGCCACAGCGCAGGUCAAAGCAACACAGCUUGAUCAGGUCAAACAGUAUCACAGACAGAUGAAGAUCACCAGAGCUUUUAUGGAGGUUGUAGCCACUGAGAAAGACAAAAUGAGCUUAAAUACUUUAGGAAGCAGCGCUCUUCAGGCUGACAAACUCCACGCCCUGCUGCAAACCAUGGUACAGAAAAAAGACAUGAUAGAUGGGCUCCUCCAGUUAGGUAGCCAGUUGUCGGUCCACUUGAGCAACGCUGAGAGUUCAGGUGCUCUUCUUGCCCAGCUUGGAGAUGUCCAGGAAGAAUGGAGACUUUUAGAAGGAAGUAUCAAACGAGCUCUGCAGCACGCCUCAAGCUCCACCUCUCAAUCCUCUCUCUUAAUAAAAGAGGCCGAACUGCUUAAAGCCAAGCUUGAAGCUCUCCAGAAAUCCGACUUUCAAAGCCACAACAGCAAAAGUGCUUUAGAAUAUGUUUGUCUGACCACAGACCUCAAGCUGUACAACCAGCUUUAUCUGCACUUACAGUCCCAGUCAGAUGCUCUUGUGCAUUUCUCUCUUGGUCAGAAAGAGAAGGACGAGAUCAGACGUAAUCUUAAGGAACUGGGGUCCUUGCUAAAUGUCACCAAGGGUAAGUUUGACACUUCCACAUUCAGCUGUGGCAGCAUUUCUUCUGCUAAGAUCAACAAGCAACUACAAGACCUGAUUAUAUGGGCCAAGCAGGCAGAAAACCACAUCUCUAUUGGGAAAAAGUUAGCUCUUUUCCCAGAGGAGGCUCGUUUUCAGAUUACUGAGAUGAAGAAAUUCCAAAAUGAUAUCUGGUUUAGAAGAUCCAAGAUGCAAGAAGAAGUUGAGCAUAUGAAAGAUGUAGUCUCUGAUAUGGAAAAGGAGGAAAGUGAUCACGUGUUGAAGACAGUAGAAGACCUGUAUGAGGCCAUUGCUGACAGCUUGGAUCAUGUUCUUGAUACCAUGAAGAAAAAUCUGCAGGAGAGGGAGAAACUUUUAUGCCAGCUCGCUAGCAUGGAUGCCUGGCUAGCAGAAACACAUGCUGAAAGAGAUCCCUGCACCCAUGUUGACAAUGUCUCAAAAGCUAACAUCAGAAAGCUGGAGAGCAAGCUAAAAAGUCACAAAUCAGCCACAGUGGAGAUCGAAAUCCAACUGAAACAGGUGGAAGCAAUGGGAGAAAUUUGCAAGGAAAUAGCUGUAGGGUUGAGUCCAGGAGAGAGCCGCUACCUUGUCAACAGACUGUCAGGCCUUUGGACAGAAUUAGAUGGAUUGUUAGCUCAUGAGAAAGCAGCCAGCUGGGAAUUGGAGGAGCUGAUUCAUGAGCGAACCACUUCAGAUGAGGAGUUAGCCACCAUCCAGGCUAGCUUAAAGCAAAUCUCCACCGAUGUGGAGCAGCAAAGAUUCCCUUUAACACAGGAAACCCUUUCAACAAUUGCACAUUUGAAGCACAUGCUAAUGGAGCAUCAAUGUCAAGCACAAGAGCUUGAGCACUGCCAGGAGGCCAAGCGAAGCUCCCUGCUGAGCACCAUUGGGGAACUGCAAGACCAAUGCAAAGCUCUGACUAUUAAUGCUACUGAGCAAGACAAAUAUCUGCACCUGAGGAGACAAAUGGAGGAAUCUAGAGACAUUACAAAAGAGCAAAUCCAGCGUGCCAAAGAUAAAACAAUAAGUGUGGUAGAGAGGUUCAGACUGUGCCAAAUACUCCUGGUUGAGCUUCCCCUGUUGAAGACACAGUGUCAAGAAGCAGCAGACCAAUUGGAGGCUGUAGCUCAGGAGUUGUACCCAUCUGAGCUGAAUGCAGAGAGGCAGAGGAUCCACCACACUGUGGAAACUUUAGUCUCCUGGGAGUUCUCUGUCACAGAUGAUAUCAAAAAGCUAGAGGCCAAGCUUCUGCGAGGUCUGCAGUUUUCCUCCGAGCUUCCCAACUUAAAAGAGCUUUUCCUAACAACAAGAGCAGAGCUGGCGGAAGCCGAACCAGUAAAUCCAGAUGAAAGAGCCAUUGAUACUGCACUUAGAAGAAAUUGGGUUAUUUGGAGAAAUAUGGAGUCUGGGAUGAGGGUGUUGGAAGGUCUGGCACGGAAAGAAAAGGUUAACCUGAAGAACUACAAGGACCUGUACUCUCUUAGGGAUGCAACCAUGCAAGAGUGCCAUUUACGAAUGGAGAGUUUAUGCCAGGCGAGAGAAUCCCUGAAAGACUACCAGUGGGCUGCUCAAGGAGCAAUAGGCUUCCUUCAUAAUGCUGAAUCCACCUUCUUAUCAGCUACCGGAGGGUUUUUGGACUGUACUGAGGAGAAAAGACAGACCCAGCAGGCUCUAGAAGCCCUUGAAGAUGGAUUUCAGGCUCAUAUAAGCCACCUUGCAGACCUGGUGCCCCAACAACCCUGCCUCUCCUGCCCAAAGCAGCUUCACAUCAGCAUCCUCAGUCAGUUGUUGGUGGGAAGAGCCAUACUCGAGGCCCAAGCCCAGCUCAGGCUGGAGUCCUUGCAGAGGUGUGAAAUAAGUGGGCCAAGCCACAGGAAGUGCCAUGAAGACAUACGUCAGCGUCUUUCAGGGCUUGAAACCAAGCUUUCAGACUGUGCCGCAGUACAAGUGACAUCGUAUGACAAAUGUGUUGCCCAACAAAAAAGAGCCAAACUUCUGAUGGAAGAUCUUCGCAGCCUUGCUGGUAAGAUAGAAGAACUGAGAGCUGGAUGUCCGAUGCAGGGCUGUGGGGUUGGAAAGGGUGGCGAGCUGGGCGCCUUCUGGAGACGCUGGGUAUCAUUACGCCGUGGUGUCGGCCUACUGAUGGCACAUACAGAACAGAGAGGAGAGGAAUGGAAGGACAUCACUACAAGUAUGGAGCAGUGCUGCAGCUUGUUGGCCAGUCUUCAAGCCGAGGUUCCUGACUCCGCCACUGUGAGCUUCACUCAAGAGGAGCCCCUGGAGCUUCUGGCUCAGGCUGAGAUACACCAGGCGGGGCUGGAGCAGGAGCAGCAGGCCUUAGCCUCCCUGGAGCAUCGACUGGAGCACGCCCUGAGCUUAUCUAGGUCCCAGGAGCCCAUCAGCCCCGGACCUGUGGGCAAAACACUAGUGAAGAUCCAAGAGAAUGUCAGGAGCUUAAAAGAAAGAAACCUGCUGGUGGUAGCUGCGGCUCAGGCAGAGGAGAAAGAGAGACAGCAGGUCCAAGAGGAGAUAGAAGAGUUGGAGCGACACAUGUUUGACCUUCUUCCUGCGCUGGAAGCCUGCUCGAAUCCAAUAAAACAACAGGAGCUCAGGAAGGAUCUGUCCUCCCAGAAAGCCAAACUAAAGCGCAUCGUGGAUGGUGUUCAGAGCCGGUACACUGAGAUACCAGCUGAUAUCAGCAGAAGGUUACAAGAAGUUGAACAGUCUCUACAAACAGAAGAGGAGAAGCUCAUGGAGAAGAGCGACCCGGUUCGGAAGUUGGCUCGUCAAGUGGCAGAGUUGGGCUCUGGCCUGGACAAAGUGACGGAGUUACUGGAGCAAAACAGUGCAACAGUCAGUGACGCUCAAAAUGCACUCAAGCAUGCGUGGGAUGAGCUGGAUGCCUGGCACAGCCGCUUGAUGCUCCUUGAGAGCGAGGUGCAGGAUCUUGCAGAGGAGCAUCCGGACCAAGCCCACCAACUCAUGGACCAACUCACCCACCCACUGCAGCUCUACCAAAACGCAGCGCAAAUGACAGAGCAGCGCACCGCCUUCCUCAGCAAGAUCCCUGAAUGUCUUCAGGAGUUUGAAGACAUUCUGUAUGGCGCCACCUGCUGGUUAGACGAAGCCCAGUCAUGGCUCGGUGCUCCCUGCUGCUUCACAACAGCCAGAGGCCUCCAGAAUCAUGCAAACUCCCUGCAGCUGGUCCUGGACGACUCCGAGAGGAUCAGACAGGCGCUUGAGGACUUCAGGCCAGUCCUGGAUGAGAUUUCUGACGUGUGUGACAUCAGCACCCACAAGGAGAGGGUGGACCAGAAUGACCAACAAGUAGACAAAAUGCAACGCCAGAUCCUAGAGCCACUCGAGCAGCUCCUGCAGGCUGUUUCGGUGGUGGAGGCAAUGGAGGCAGAGCUGAAGACUAUGGAGAAGAACGUCCCGAAGAUCAAAGCGAUUUUAUCCUCUGUGGACGACUCCAACAUAUCUGUGUCGGAGCAUCUUCACAACCGACAGGUGAUCCUGGCCAACGUGCAGUCAAUGCGGAGGACACUGGAGGAGGUGGAGAGAUGCAAAGGAGAGCUUCACCUCCCAAAGGGAGCAGAUGAGAGCCUGCUGGUCUUCUCCAGAGCCAGACUGCUCCUGCAGCCGCUCGAGGAGCUGGAACAACUCACCCAGCAACAAGCCACGCUGCUGGAGAACAAGAUUAGGGAGGAGGAACAAACCAGGAAGGAUCUUGGUAUCACUGCACUCUCUGAUAUUCCUGAGGAAGCACAGCAGCACGACAGAUCUGCACUAAGACACUUAGUCCAGGACCUGGAGGAGACACUAAACGCUUCAGAUGUGCAAAGUGAAGAUUUAACAGAAAUUAAGCCACUGUCAGACGUUAAGGCACUGGAGACUUUGACUGGUCAGUUUUCCUCUGAAGAGGAAACAAGCUCAAAAAGUGCGGACACUGGGCUUUUAUUCACUGUGCCUGGGCUUCAUUCAAAAGAGUUUGCAUCAGAAAAUGUUGAAACUGGAUUAAUUACAAUGGAUUCCAAAGCUGGCAAAGCAUUAAGUCCUAAAACUGAAACAACUAAGUCACUCGUAGCUGCAGCCGUUCCAGCAGCUGAAUUCAAGUUCACUGCCGCUGCCAUACGGGACACAUAUGGAUCACCACAACAUGAAACCCGCAUCGCCAACCCUCAUGCAGAGUCCCCUCAGGCAGCAGCUGCAGUGGAAGACACAAGAGUGAUUCCUACAAGACCUAUAACUCCUUUCAGUGCCACAAGAGGAUCUCGUGAGUUUAUAGAGGAGGGAAGCAAACAUUUGCCUUUGUCCGUACCUUCUCAUCAAGAUCUGGAUACUCUUAAUGUGUUAAAGGAGCAGAGUGAAGUCACCACGAGUCAAAGUAGGUUAUUUGAAGAAUCCCAACAGGCCCAGGAGUCAUCUGAGGUGCCAAAGAGCUCGGCUAUAUAUGAGGAAGAUGAGCAGGAGCGGCUGAGGUGGAGUCUACUUUAUACCCAGAUCUCUCAGAAACUGACCACUUUGAAAAAGGUUAAGGAGGAGCAUCAGAUCGGCUCAGGGGAUGGAGGGAGCCAUGAUGAGGAUCCACAGAGGGAGCUGGCAUCAACCGGGUCUGCUUCUGCUGUUCUCCAGCGGACACACGAGUCCAUCACCAAGCUGAAACAAAUAGUGAGCUCUCCAGGUGAAAAUAAGGAGUUGUACGAAGCUGCACGAAAGGUCCUCCUCUGUCUGGACGCUUUGACUGACCUUGUGUUAACUUCUGGUGAAGAUGAUCCCCAGCUGAGGCUGCUGCAGCAGGAGUGUGUGUCGACUGAGCUGGUGACUCUGGCUGAGCUGUUGAGCAAAGUGGAGUCUGAGACCAAACCUGCACUUUCGGGGGAAAAACCACAAGCUCUCCGCUGUUUGAGCUCCCUUCAGGAGUGUCUACAAACCGUACGCCCGGUCCUCACCUCAUCCCACAGUCAGCUCAAUGAACAUCUGGGCAACACACACCAACAUCAGGAGCUCUCCUCCAGUCAAUUGUGUAUUCUGGAUGAGUUUGAACCUGAACAUAGUGAGAUAUUCCCCAGCAUAAAGGAUGCUCCCAGAUUGGAGCAGUGUGUGCUGGGCCGACAUCUGAGGGAGAGUCCAGGGGAAAAAGCCAAGCUGCAGCAGGCUUCCUGGUCCUUGCUUCAGGGGAUAACUGGCCUCCUGGAACUGGGUGAGGAAUGCUUAACAAAGGGGCAGAAGAGCCAGGUUCACAACCGCAGCCAACUUCAAGCCGUCCUCUGCAGACGCGAGAAGCUCCUGCGGGUCCUCAGGUCUCAGCUGGCUUUCGUACAGCAUCUGUUCCAACAUGAGCCAGAAGCACUCAAGUGUCAGGAGGAUGAGCGGGUACAGCUGGAAGUCAGAGCCAAAGCUUUGCAGCAACGGGCUCUGGAACAGGAAGUGGCUUCUCAAAGGAGCAUCCAGGAGUGGACCCAGUGGGAGGAUAAUUGUGGUGGACUCGGCCGGUUGCUGGAUGAUGUUGAAGCUUUCAUCAGCAGCGGGGAACCAGAGGGAGACGAUGAGAAGUUAGCGCAGCACCGACAAGAUGCCUGCCAGCAAACACUGGUCCAGCUGGAUGAGAGCAGAGCUGCUUUAGGACUGCUCCUGGAUCAGGGGAAGGUACUGCAGACUGAGCCAGAGUUUGCUGCCACGGUCAGUCAAGCAGGAGGCGCUCUGGAGCUGCGGUGGCAGAGCGCCUACAGACGGACUAAACAGGAGAGUAAGCGCUGCAGAGAUAUCCAGGACAGAUGCACCAGAUUCCAGGCUGACUUUGCCUCUGUCAGUAAAUGGCUGGUCGAUGCUAACAAACACCAGAAGACUUGGUCAGACUUGACCCAAACCUCUGACCUGAGCCAGGAGUGUAUUCACAGCAAUCUGAUCGAGUUGCUGGAUUUCUCCAUUGAGACUGAAGCCAUGUCCGUGCAGAAGGCGGCUGCAUCUAGGGAAGCUGCUCAGCUGCUCCACCUGAGGGAAGCUGACUGUCCCGGUCUGAGAGCUCAGCUCGCCCAGCUGGACGUCAACUGGACCCAGCUGACCUCUGAUCUGUCCAAGACACAAGACCGACUGCAGCAGCGGCUGCUGGCAGCGUGGCCACCGGGGAAGCUGCUGUCCAACCUGGAGGGCUGGCUGAAGACGCUGGAGGCUCGGCUGAGCCAGGAGAAGGAAACAGUCCUCAAGGCCAAAGAUGCUGCUCAGAUCACUGAAGUCUUGCAGCACUACCAGGAGCUGAAGGCAGGCGUGGUCAAUGGGCAGCUCCUUCUUGAUUUCCUGUGCCAGUCUGGGCCUCAGGUAGUGGGUGCAGACAUCCAGGCUCUGCGCUCAGAACGUACGAUGUUUGCAGAGGAACUUGGCGCCCUCAGACUGCAGUGGCAGCACCUACAGAGAGAGUUGGAGAGCCAGACUCGUGAAGCUGAACAGAUGCAUCACACAUGUGCAGACAGAGAGAAGCGAUUACAGCAUCUUCAUGACUGGAUCAAGCAGCAGAAAAAGCAGCUGGAUCAGUGCAAACAGCCCACCAGUCAAACUCUGGCUCGUAAGGCUCUGCAGGAGUGGGAGGCUGUUGUGGGCAGGGUGAAGGAGGUGGAUGCAGCUUUGCAGGAGUUGAAAGCCACACGAGUGCAUGUUGGACAGGAAGAGGAUCACCCUUGUGAUAUCUCCUUCUCUGGCCGGACAGAGAGUGUUUGUCACGCUUGUGGGAAUCUUAGUCAACAGAUGGACGCUCUGCGACCAGCUCUGCAACAGACUUUGGAACAGUGGAGUUGUUUUGAGAGAGAUCUGAAGGAAGUUUCUCUGCACACCACCAGGGUGUGCUGUGCUCUGCAGCACCAGCCUCUGUUCUCACUGAAGCAGGCAGAGGGACAUUUAGACCUCCUCCAGCAACUCCAGGAGAAGGCUGAAAAAGGGGAGGAGCUUUUGGUGAACGUGGACAAAUCCUAUCAGAGUCUAGUGAAGACUCUUCAUCCUGGAACGGUGCAGAUACUGGAGGAUCAAAUGAGAGGAGAGAGAAAACGGUGGACGGACUUGGUGCAGGAGUUGAAAGAUGAGCACACGAAGACUGGAGAGACACUUUCCCUCUGGCAGGAGUACGCUCGCCUCUCAGAUCAGUGCUCCCUUCACCUGCAGACACUGUGGCAUCAGUGGGAGGAGUUACCAAGAUCUUCUCCUCAGCAGGACGCACAGGCCAUGCUUCACUCAGUGGAGAAGUUGCAGGAUGCUGCAGAGGAUUUGCAAAGCAGUGUGGGAGAUGUGCUUGCAGCUUCCAAGCCUCUUGUUGGACGGUUAGAACCACCGGCUGCAAAUAUAGUCCAAUCCGAGACCAGAAUGCUGUCACGUGACGUCCUGCUGCUGAGUCAGGCAGUGUCAGGAAAAAAGAAGAGUGUUCAGGAGGAUGUGGAGCAACAGAAACUUUUCCACACUCGACUGGAGGCCCUUGAAAAGCAGACACAGGACACACAGCAGAAACUUAAGGCCAGCUUGAGUGACACAGACUCUGUAAAGGUUCUCCUGGAACUCAGUGAAAUGUUUCCAUCACUGGUUGACGUCAGGGAAACAAGUGCUUAUGUGGCCAUUAACAACCGUGAGGCAGAGAGACUGCACAUGCUCAGCAGGCAGUGGGUUCAAAGCAUGAUGCGCGCAUCUGACACCAACAGAGCCCUGGAGGCUGAGCGUCAGCGCUCUCAGAACUUUCAGGAGAAGUGUAAAAACCUGACGUCUAUCCAGAAGAAGCUGGAGGAGGAGUUGAUGUCAAAAAAACCUCAGAGUCUCUCCAGCCUCCAGGAGAUGCUGAGUGUCCAUCAGAGGCUUGAGGCUGACAUUAUUACUGGACACCAGCUUCUGCAGGGUCUUCUCUGUCAGGCAGUCGAGUCCAUGGAAACAGCAACGGGGGAGAAAAGAUCUGAACUCAUGGCACAAGUGAUCUCUAUGAGGGAGAGCUGGUUCAACUCUGUCGCUCUGGCCAGCCAGCGCAGGUCCUUGACAAAAGAACAGCUAGGCCAGUGGAGAGUCUACCAUCGUGGCUCCAAACUAUUGUGGAAGCUGUUGAGGGUCGUCGACCCUUUGCUGCCCCCUGCUGGACCUGCUCUGUGCGCACUGCAGCAGCUGCAGAGCUGCCUGGAUGAUAACCAGUGUGUUGAAGAUGCUCUGGGUCAGCACACCGCAGUGUACACCCAGACGCUGGAGGCUGGCAGACAUUUAUGUGAAACCAUGACAGAGUCUGAGUGUCAGAGCAGACUGCAGUCAGAGCUCCAGGCCAUACAGGAGGCCUGGGAACGAAGCGCCCCACUGCUGGAGAGGAGGAGAGACCUGGUCAAGACAACUGUUCAGAAGUGGUCUCAGUGUCAGGAUGGGAUCACCAGAAUCAUGUCUGAACUGGAUGAAGUGAAAAACAAGCUGGAGCAGCCGCUGCCUGAGAGACUGCAGGACUCUGAGAGCGAGACACACAUUCAGGAGACAGACCUCUCUCUGCAGCGUGUGGCCAGUGGAUUUAAGGAAUUGGCCACCAUGAAGACGGACCUGUCCCAGUACGUCGCGGCUGGUGACUCGGCUCUGCUAGAGCAGCAGCUGGAACAACUCCAUGCGCAAUGGGAAGAGCUGUGUAUGAAGGUAUCCUUGCGCAGGCAGGAAAUCGCAGACCGCCUCAAUGCCUGGACCAUCUUCAACGACAAGAACAAAGAGUUCUGCGAUUGGUUGACUCAGAUGGAGAACAAGGUCUGCCACAGCGGAGAUCUGAGCAUCGAGGAGAUGGUGGAGAAACUGAAGAAGGACUGCAUGGAGGAAAUCAACUUAUUCAGUGAGAACAAAAGCCACCUGAAGCAGCUGGGUGAGCAGCUGCUGUUAGCCAGCGACGAAGCCAAGCAGAUGCAGGUCCACGGCUCGCUGCAGGAGGUCAACCAGCGCUGGCACAACCUCUUCCACGACAUCGAAGCCAGGGUGAAGAAGCUGAAGGAGACUCUGGUGGCUGUGCAGCAGCUGGAUAAAAACAUGAGUAACCUCCGCUCAUGGCUUUCUCGCAUCGAGGCCGAGCUGUCCAGACCCAUCACCUACAGCGUGUGUCACCACCAGGAGAUCCAGAGGAGGCUGGCUGAGCAGCAGGAGCUGCAGAGGGACAUUGAGCAGCACACGGAGGGCGUAGCGUCAGUGCUCAGUCUGUGCGACGUUUUGCUGCGGGACGAAGACGCUGCUGGCGGCACUGAGGUGGAGAGCGACUCCCUGCAGGAAACGAGCCGCAGCCUGGAUCAGCGCUGGAGGGCCAUCUGUGCCAUGGCCCUGGACAGGAGGCUCAGGAUCGAGGAGACUUGGAGACUCUGGUGCAAGUUCCUCGAUGACUACUCGCGGUUCGAGGAUUGGCUCAAGAUGGCCGAGCACACCGCUGCCAACCCCAACUCUGCAGACGUCCUUUAUACCGUCGCCAAGGAGGAGCUCAAGAAGUUCGAGGGUUUCCAGCGGCAGGUUCAUGAGCGGCUCACCCAGCUGGAACUGGUCAAUAACCAGUACCGCCGCCUGGCCAGGGAGAACCGCACUGACCGAGCCAGCCAGCUCAAAGCCAUGGUCCAUGAAGGCAACCGGCGCUGGGACACCCUGCACCGCAGAGUGGCCGCCAUCCUCCGUAGACUCAAGUAUUUUACCAGCCAGAGGGAGGAGUUUGAAGGCACGAGGGAGAGCAUGCUGGUGUGGCUGACUGAGCUGGACCUGCAGCUCACCAACGUUGAACACUUUUCAGAGAGUGACGUCCAUCACAAGAUCCAGCAGCUCAAUAGCUUCCAGAAGGAGAUCACCCUGAACACAGAGCGCAUUGACGGGCUGAUAGUGUUUGGAGAGGGUCUGAUCCAGAAGAGCUCACCGCAGGAUGCAGCGCUGAUCGAGGACGAGCUGGAGGAGCUGCACUCCUACUGCCAGGAGGUCUUCGGCAGACUGGUCCGCUUCCACCAGCGCCUCAGCCAGCCCUCGGCGAUUAAAGAAGAGCCAGAGCUCUCUGCCACCGCCUUGUCCUUGGAGUCGAGCUUGGAGCUGAUUGGCCGACCAUGGCUUGGGCGGACCCAAGGAAGCCUCCCAGCUACGCCCAUCCACCUGCUGGCCUCUCCGUUAGAGGGUUCAGGAAGGGAGACACCGGUGAGCGUGGACUCCCUGCCCCUGGAGUGGGACCACACCGGAGACGUGGGAGGGUCAUCGUCACAUGAGGAUGACGAGGAGGAGGAAGACGAACACGAGGAUGACAGAACUUACUUCAGCGCAUUAUCAGAGGUGGAGUUGUCUGAGAGCCAGGAGGAGUUUGUCGAGGCCCCGGAGGCCCUACUAGCCUCCUCACUGGUUUCAAGCAGGUCUUUGGCCGUACACGAUUCUCCUAGAUGGCAAUCACAGGGAGACCCAGAAACACAGUCUCUGCAGCUCGACUCAGAGGGUCACACUCAGGCUCCACCCACCCUCACCAGCACCCCUCUGAAGCAGGGCUAUUUGCGUCUCAUGUCUCAGUGCAGCAGCAGCAUCAAGGACAUUAAAAGAGUCUCACUGAUCCUGGAUGAUGAGGAGCAGCCAGAGGAGCUCGGUCUGACAGGUCUGACUGCCUCAGACCAACAGUCAGGUGUGAUUGAACGCUGGGAGCUGCUCCAGGCUCAAUCCAGGAGCGACCAGCACCCUCAGGAGCCCCGACAGCUCACAUCUGACCUCGACGAGAUCACUUCCUGGUUAGGAAACACUAUCCCAGAGCUGGAGCGCCUCCAGCAGUCUGACCCAGCAGCCAGCAUUGAGGACAUGGCAGCCAGAGCCGUAGCAGUAAAGGAGAUGCAGAAGAAGUUCACCCACUAUAAGUCCAUCAUGCUGUCUGCCAACCUGCGAGCACAGGAAGCUCCAGAGCUGCAGGAGAGGCUGGCCGGUAUGAACCGAGACUGGAGCCGAGCAUGUACAGGCCUCCAGCAGUGGGACACCAGUCUGAGGAAGACACUGAUGCGCUGCCAGGAGUUUCAUGAAACCCUUCAUUCUCUGCUGCUGUGGCUGGCCCAUGGAGAGAGCAGACUCUAUGCAGUGGACAUCAGUGACCCAGACACACCUGUCCAAGCCCUGCGACAACACCACAGCACACUCACAGAUCUGCAGGAGGAGCUGCAGGGCAGACAAACUCAGCAGGCCUCCCUGCAGGCUCUGUGGUCUCAGCUGCAGCCUGAGGACGAGGCCGAGGAGAGCAUUGAGGCCCAGGAGAAACUACAUGUGACAGGUGGCAAACUGAAGUCGCUGCUGAGGCGGGUGGACCAGGACCUCGGCACCCUGCAACAGCGUCUGGAUUGUGAGUCUGCAUCAGAAGCUCAAGGCCAAAGCGCCUCUGCAGAGCCAAAGAACAGUUCGUCUUCUCAAAGACAGAGGAGGGAAUUGUCUCCGCCUCGUUCAUUCUUCUACCGGGUGCUCCGUGCUGCCUUCCCCCUCCAGCUCCUCCUGCUGUUCCUCCUGCUCCUCCCCUGUCUGAUACCGCUGUCAGACAGCGAGCCCGGCUGUGCUGCGACCAACAACUACGCCUGGUCCUUCUACCCCACAUUACACUAUACCAACGGCCCACCACCCACCUGAUGUAUUUGGGAUGUGAAAAAAAGAGACUGAGAACACAGUGAGAAACACAGGCCACCUUUAUAACAAACAUGUAAAACGAUGAAGCAACUGUCUUCUAAAAGAAAAAAAGUCCAAAGUGCAGAAAAUGUAUUUCUGUUUUUAAUAUAUUUAUUUUGAAUCAGCCAGAAAAAAUGUAAACAAAAGUGCAGAUGUUGUAGUUUAAUGAUGCAGAGAUCUGAACACCGUCCACAAGAGUCUGUUGGAGCUCUUCCUUUGAGGAGGCACAGCAGAUGGGACGUGUUGACACGUGGAGGUAAAGCAGCAUACAUACUGUAGCAGUGGCAGGAAGGAGCUGAUGCAGAGGCCUGCGAACAUCUUCCAUGAGGUGGAAACAAAGAUGACAUCACAGUAUUUUCUUUAACUGAACAAGUCGCUGCUCGGCUUCUGUCAGUUCAAAUGUAAAUAAUCGUUUUAUGAACUGUUGACCUUUCAUGUUGUCUGACUCGAACCAGAAAACAAAAAGCAUGCUUGAUCUGUUUUUACGUUGGACUGAAGUUUAUUUUUUACAACAAAGGACACUGGUUAAAUUUGAAUGUUAUCUUUAUAAAGCCAACCGUACAAAGUCAUGGCAGUUUCAUACACACAGAUGUAUAUCCAUAUUUUUUUAGAUGCCUUUCUUUUGUAGACUGUGAGCGUGUGAAUGGCUCCAAGUGCACUGUUGAAACACUGUAGAGUUAGCAGGAUGACGUGUAUGUACAGAAUGUAAUAAUAUAAUGCUUUAUUUAUAACAAACAGUGGAUUUAUGCUCCGAAUGUUCUGGUAGUAAACACUGAUUGUCUUAA